AUGAUCAAGUCCAAAAAGUCAAAAUCAAAUAAUAAUAGUAAUUUUGGAAACAAUAUAAAUAAUAAUAAUAAUAAUAAUAAUAAUAAUAAUAAUAAUAAUAAUAAUAAUAAUAAUAAUAAUAAUAAUAAUAAUAAUAAUAAUAAUAACAACAAUAAUAAGUAA